AUGCCGAGCACCACACACGACGACGAAUACAGCGUGACGCUGUGCACAUCCAGUGCGCAGCUGCGCGGCGCCUGCGACGUGCGCAUCGAGGUCUUUGUUCGCGAGCAGGGCUUCGACCUCUCGGACGAAAUCGAUCAGUACGACCCGCUCGCAGCGCACUUUGUUCUUACCCGCAAGAACAAACCCGACGUUGCAAUUGGCACCCUUCGCCUGCUGCCGUACCCUCUACCCAUCCCGAAGCCAGACGAGCCACCAGCAGAACCAGACCAUGCCUCGUCGUUCCCCCUCGGCGGCAGUCGCAGCGAGUCCGCGAUCGCCAGCGACUUCAUCAGCGCCGCUUGGACGCACUACCCGCACCCGACGUCUGCUGCGCGGGAUCCAGCGCAGACCAAAGCGGAGGAGAAGGAGACCGAGGAGCAGAUGCCCGAGAUGGGCGGCGCCAAGCUGGGACGUCUGGCGCUGAUGAAGGAGGCCAGAGGGAAGGGUUUAGGCAAUUUGCUAGUCACAAAGGCGGAAGCUUGGUUGGUGCAGAUGCUGAGCAGUGACGAGGUGGCCAAGCAGGGAGCGUUCGGGCCCAGACCAUCGCUCAAAGGCCCAGAACACGAAGCAGAAGCAGCGGACGAGGAGAGACUCGAUAGCAUCAUCAUCAAGCUCAGCAGUCAGAUCUAUGUGAUCGACUUUUACAAGAAAUUGGGGUACGUCCCUGUAGGCGACAGGUACGACGAAGAUGGUGCGCCUCACCAGCUGUGUUACAAGAAAGUGUUCCUGUCCAGGAGCUGA